CCUUACGAGCUGCAGGACAUGUUGAACAAACACAUGAAGAGCAGCCUGCCGGAGCGAGGCCCCGCCCCCGGCUCUCAGGACCCGGACACGCUCAGUCUGACUCCGGCCGACGUCGUGCCGACCUCUGUCAUCGCCCGCGUCCUGGAGAAACCCGAACCGCUCGUCCUCAACUCUGCUCAGUCCAGCAGCUGCGGUCGGCCCGUCGCCGAGGACGUCUUCGUGCACGUGGACAUGACGGGCCCUGCCGGGGCCGAGGCCCGGGGGCGGGAGAAUGGCGGUCAGGAGGCGGCGCAGCAGAACGGCUCGUGCCGCAGUCAGAGCAGUCUGGACGGACAGUCGGGCAGCGAGGAGGCGGGCGGGGCUCCAUCCUUCGAGAAGCUGAACCCGUACCCGGCGCCGCCGCCACCCCACCCACUCUACCCGGGCCGCAAGGUCAUCGAGUUCUCGUCGGACGACAAAGUGAAGAUCCCCAAAAACUCACCGCUGCCCAACUGCACCUACGCCACACGCCAGGCCAUCUCCCUGAGCCUCGUGCAGAACGAUGAUGAGCGCCUGGCGCCUGGAAGCCCCGCCCCCUCCUCCUCCUCUGGCGGGGGCACCCACCACCGCACGCCACCGUCACAGCGGGACGCCGCCAGCGAGCCGCUGUCCAGCCAGUCCAGCCCCUUCAGCAGCCCGCCACAGGUAAC